UACUUCCGUUGGAUAUAGCUGUUGGAAAUAGUACUUCAACCGUGUAUCUCUGUGGAGACAUUUGCAUCAAUAAGGAAAAGGUCGCGGAUUUUUACUCAACUGCAGCUCUGUGAUAAUGGAAAAAGUAUUUCUUGGUAAUCUAGCUGGGGACGUCAAUGAAGGAACGCUACGAAAAUUAUUAGAGCAACAAGGGAUCAUUUAUAACAAUAUUUCUAUGAAACGAAACUUUGCUUUUAUAACGGUGAAAGACAAACUCUCAGUUGAAGAAGUUGUUAAAAAGCUUAACGGUUACACACUUGAAGGAUCAGUUAUGCAAGCAGAACCAUCCAAUGGAAGGAGAAGUCGUAAAACCAACAAAAUUCAAAUAAGAAAUUGGCCUGCUCACAUCUCUAAAGAACAGAUUGAGGAUCUAGUUAAUAUGACUUCUAGAAGCCCAAAGAAAUUUGAACAAGUUGGCUCUGAGGGUGUUAUCUACGUGACCUUCAACAGUCCAGAAGAAGCAGAAGAAUGUGUGGAACAGUUGAAUGAUUAUCGUUUUGAUGAUGGAACACAAAUUAAGGUUGAUUUUUUUAGAAAUCAAAGACGAUCAAACAGAAGUAAUUCUAACAGUAAUUCUGGCUUAUCCAGACAAGAUCUUCCAUUGCGUAUUGUUGUAGCCAGUGACUAUGUUGGUGCUAUUAUUGGAAAACAAGGGCAGACAAUCAGAAAAAUUACAUCGGAAAGCAGAGCAAGAGUUGACAUCCAUAGACGUGAGAGUCAUGUUCCAGAUACACUUGUUACAAUCAAAGGGUCUCCAGAAAGUUGCUCUCGGGCUUGUAAAGAAAUUAUGACUGUUGUCAGACAGGAAGCAGAUUCACUAAACAGAGGAGAUGUUCCCUUCAGAAUCUUGUGUCCAAACAGCAUCUGUGGUCGAAUCAUUGGUAAACAAGGCAACGUGAUCAAAGUCUUUAUGGAGAAAACAAACACAAAUAUUGUUGUUUCUAGCUUUGAUCCUUUUCCUGGUGGUCUGAUGGACUCCACCAGCAACUUUGUGGACAGAGUCAUUACAAUCACAGGCUCCACUGAAAGUUGUUCAGAGGCGGAAGAGAAAAUCAGUGAGAAAAUGAGGCAGUGUUUUGAACAAGACGCUGGCUCGUUUCAGUAUGGCAACCAGCAGCAUAUGAUGUUUCCAGGAAUGCCAGGGCUUCCAUUAAUGCCAGGCAUGGGACCAUACCAGACAAUGCGACCACCUAUACCUUACAUGGGGGCUGCUUACUACCCAGGAGCUUUCAAUGGGCCGCCUCAAGUACAACAGCCUGAAGUGGUACAGCUGUAUAUACCUGAAAAAUCUGUCGGGGCUGUUAUUGGAAGCAAAGGUCAAAACAUCAAAAACAUCAUGCGUUUGUCAGGGGCUCGUAUCAAGAUCCUGGGGGCCAAUGAUAAAAAUGGAUCGGGUGAAAACAAUCCUUUUAGUCAUUCUGGAGAUGAACGGAAAGCUGUUAUUUCGGGUUCACCUGAAGCACAAUGGAAGGCUCAAUUCUACAUUUUUGAAAAGGUGAAAAAUGAAUUAAGACUAGCUGCACAUGAUGAGGUACAUCUUAGAACAGAGAUUAUGGUGCCCAAACAGAGUAUAGGAAGAAUUAUUGGCAAAGGUGGUCAGAAUGUUAAAGAAAUGCAGCGUGUGAGUGGUGCCAUAGUCCAGCUUCCCAUGGAAGAACAGGGAGAUGUCGACGAAGUUCCAGUCACUAUCAUUGGUCACUUUUACGCCACUCAGUCGGCACAAAGACGUGUACGCUCCUUAAUGAAUACUUUCUCCCGAGCUCAGCCUGCUCCCCGAAGAACAAGACCUGGAGCCCCUCAGCAACUCAUGUAGGAUAGGGGAAUUUGUUGCUUGGGCAGAAUGUCACUCAACUACUUGACCUAAAUCAAAGUGACUGAAGAGGUCUCCUAGUUUCACCUGACCUUGACCUUCUUCAGCGACGAACAAGACUACUUCCUGUUGUUAUUUUCUCCCUCUGCUAGGCUGGCAUUGCCCAAGCCAAAUUUUGUUUGUUGGUUUUGUUAGACAAAAUACUUAAUAUGUUUAGACUGUGCUACAUUUAUUGUGAUUUUUGCCUAAAAUCUUGUUUUGGAUUUUGGAGUGAGUGUGUGUUGGUAUAAAGACUAUAUCUAUUUAUAUGUACACCUUGUUAGACCAUUUUGUUUAUAAACACUAUUGGUUGGAGAUCAAAACAAGAUUGAUGUGAACCUGAGAAGAUUUAUUGUUUGACUUUAUUUUUUCUAUAUGUUGAUAUCUAUUAUAAUAUUUAUGUAUUUUUAUAGUGAGAAUACGCUUUUGUACUCACUGAAAGUAUAAUAUAUGCAAAACCUUGAACAAGAUAAAAUGUACUAGCAGUCAAACACAGAAAUGGGUUAUCUAUAUCUUUCAGUGGUUUCUAGGCAAUAGCCAUUCUCAUCCAAUAUAUUGUGUGUCAGUCCAGUUGUGGAGGUUAGAGUAUUUUGUCUGAAGACUUGUUUCCCAAACUAUUUGAUUCAUUCGUGACAGAAGGGAAAGUCAUUGAGUUGUAGUCAGUUCUAAACCAAAUGAUUUCCUUGUCUUUCAGCUAGUAGUGACCCAGCUUAGCACAAAGAGAAAAUCACCUCAGGAGUCCUGAUGUGUGUGUGCUGUUUCAAUCACUGUUGUUCAGUGCGUAUUGUUUUUUUUGUUUUUUUUAUCUCCUAAGCUUUUGACUUAAGUUCAAGUGUCUCAUUGAUUCUGUCAUUUUGUUCAGCUCUCAUUUCUAUUAGUCGGAGACAGUUGACUUCUAAGAUCUUCUCCUAUUUGAAACAGUAUUUCAAAGCUCAUGAUUUUUCUCAUCUAAUGUUUUCUAGUUUUUUUUACCACUCUUUAUUUAUGUUGACUAUUUGCAUGAACUUGUUACUAUUUGAUUUCAAGUACAAUUUUGUUCAAUUGUAUGACAUGAACCAAACAAUUUUCAAGCAGGCACUACAGUUGUGGAUCAGUUGGCAGCCACCAACUGGCUAUCCAGUUGUACCAGUAUAUUAUUAGUGCUGCAUUGUGAUUUGUUGAACUGAAUAUAAUUUUUUUUCGGCCCCCCCUUGUUAAAAUCUGACUUUUUAAGUUUGCAUUAUUUUAUUAGUGAAGUUGAAUUUAGUGAAUCCUUAUGUUCAUUUUCCAAUUCAACUGCGACAUUUGCAACUAUUUGGUGAUGGGUUCUUUGUUCAACAAGUUCACUACAUGGCUACAUGUUACUGACACUUUUUCAUGCUGUUUAAUUUACUAUUUAAAAAAAAAAAUGAAAAAAGAUUAAUUUUUUUUUUUUUGUGUUGAGUCUAACUUUGAGUCAGUUAAGUCACUCUGUUGAGUCAACAAGUCGCUCCAGUUACUCUUUCGAGUCUAACUUUGCGUCAGUUAAGUCACUCGAGUUGCUCUUUUGAGUCUAACUUUGUUUGUUGUUUAUUUUUUUCAUCCAGUCUCUUUUGAUCCAAAGCUUUCAGUAACUUGAAGUUUGAAGUUUCAACUUGGUGGUUGGUGGAGAGGACUCUCCACUUGGAGAGCAUUCAUUUGUAAUUAGUGCAUCUUUACUUGACUACUUAGUAGACUGAUACAGGUAGGAAUAUAGAAGAUAUAUUCUUGGUUAAGUAGAAACAGAUGUGCCAUUGAUACAAUGUUUGUCCAGCUACCUAUUAAAACAAUUAUCUUGUUCAAAAA